GCGAUGUAUGGUCACUCAUUCACCUCCACCGGUUCACACACAGCGGGCAGAAGCAGGCAAUCAUGAGAAUCUUGGUGUUGACAGCUCUGCUGUCCGUGGCUGCGGCGAUAGCCAUCAAAGACAACAUAGACGUCGUCAUCGGAAAGGAUCUCCUUGCAAAUGUAGACGUAAAAACAAAGGAGUUGUUAUGUUGGAAGCUGCUCAACCACAUUCUGCAGCCCACAGUGUACGAUGACGUCAGGGAGGUGGCCAGGGAGUUCAACAUAGAGGAGAACUUCGACAAGUUCUUGAAAGACGACGUCGUCAAGUACUUCCUCGAUGUGUACAAGAUGGGUAUGCUGCCCCGCGGAGAGAUCUUCGUCCACACCAACGAUCUGCAUAUGGACCAGGCCAUGGUCACCUUCCGUAUGCUGUACUUCGCCAAGGACUUCGACACUUUCAUCAGGACCGCCUGUUUCCUCAGAGAGCGCAUCAACGGUGGCAUGUUCGUCUACGCUUUUACUUGCGCAGUCUUCCACCGACAGGACUGCCGCGGCAUCGUCUUACCCGCUCCUUACGAAAUCUACCCAUACUUCUUCGUCGACAGCCACGUCAUCAACAAGGCACAUAUGCUAAAGAUGAACAAAGCAGUCAACGACCCCGCGCUCUACGAAUACUACGGUAUCAAAGUCACCGACAAGAACCUACUGGUGAUCGACUGGCGCAAGGGAGUGCGUCACACCCUCAGCGAGGAUGACCGCCUUUCCUAUUUCACUGAGGACAUCGACCUGAAUACCUACAUGUACUACUUACAUAUGAGUUACCCGUACUGGAUGAUCGAUGACACUUACAACGUGAACAAGGAACGCCGCGGAGAGAUCACCAUGUACGGCUACCAGCAGCUCUUGGCUCGUCUCCGGCUGGAGCGUCUGUCCCACAACAUGUGCAACAUUGACAUGAUCAAACUUGAUGACACCGAGAACCACGGCUACUGGCCCAAGAUCCGUCUCCACACCGGUGACGAGAUGCCCGUCCGUCCCAACAACGUCAAGAUCGUCAACAAGCACAACUUGAAAGACAAAAUGAUUAUUGAUGAUGUUGAAAGCAUGAUCAGAGAGGCUAUCGUGAAAGGAAAGUUUGAAAGGCGAGACGGUACUGUUAUCAACCUGAAGAAGGUCGAAGAUUUCGAGAACCUCGCCAGGAUAUUGCUGGGUGGAAUGGGAAUCGUGAACGACGACGCUAAAGUUCUACACAUAGUCAACGUGUUCAAAAGACUCAUGGCUUAUGGAAACUACAACUUCGACAAGUACACCUACGUCCCGACCGCUCUGGACAUGUACACGACAUGCCUGCGGGACCCACUCUUCUGGAGAAUCAUGAAGCGCAUCACAGAGACCGCUGUCUUAUACAAGAAGUCGCUCCCCAAAUACACCCGGAACGAGCUUGAAUUCCCGGGUGUCAAGAUAGAGGCCAUCACGACCGACAAGCUUGUCACUUUCAUGGACGAGUACGACCUUGACAUAACCAACGCUGUAUACUUGGACGAAACCGAAAUCCAAAAGAAAAAGUCAGACAAAAUCUUCGUAGCUCGCAUGCACCGUCUGAACCACCACGCCUUCAAGGUCAACAUUGAGGUCGAGUCUGAGAAGGCAGUAGACUCUGUUGUGAGGAUCUUUAUCGGGCCUAAAUACGACUGCAUGGGCCGUCUCCUGAACAACAAUGACAAGCGUCUCGACAUGGUCGAAAUCGACAGCUUCCUAUACAAACUGCAGACAGGCAAGAACACCAUCGUGCGCAACUCCUUGGAGAUGCACAACGUUAUUCCCGACAGACAAUGGACUCGCCGCUUCUGGGACACCACUCUGGACACCACUAACACAUUCGACACGGUUGUCGACAGCUACUGGUACAAGAGUCGCGUGGGCUUCCCGCACCGCCUGCUGCUGCCGCGCGGUACCUUGGGUGGUUUAGAGCUGCAGAUGUUCGUGAUUGUGACGCCAGUCCGCACCGGCCUUGUGUUGCCAACCGUCGACAUGACCGUGAUGAAGGACAGGCGCGCUUGCCGCUGGACUGUGUGCUACGACACCAUGCCUCUCGGAUUCCCGUUCGACAGAGAGACAGAUCUGACCCGCUUCAUCAACAGCAACAUGAAGUUCACAGACAUCAAGGUCUACUGGAAGGACAUGUCCACAGCCAACGCCGUUAAGCACGUGGACGUAUCUGACAUGGUGAUGAAGCGCGACGACCUCACCAACAUGGACAAGGACAUGCUGGUGCGCAUGUCAUACAGGGACGUGAUGAUGAUGUCCACCGAUAAAAUGACCAGAAUGUAAAUCAAAAUACCACUUAUUUUACUAAUAUAAUGUAAGCAUUUAUACUUGA